UGUGGUCUCGACAGUCUCACGGAUCCAGAACUUAACUGAAGGUUAGCUUACUUUACUCACAGCGGUGAAACAUAUAAAGAUACAAAUACAGCCGCAAUGUUGUCAGACAGUUUUGUUUAAUUUAAUUUAAAGCUUCGACAGAGUGAGUUUGAAGACUUCCAAGCGUGUCGGAUGUAACGUUAAAGACACAUUGUACACGCGAAGAGGAAACUGCAUUCAAUUAGGGAUGUUGCGGCGUCCCAAGCCGACUGAUUCCGAGUCUGACCUCCUGAGAGAGCAGGAGCAGUUUCUGACCUCCGGCGCCCCGUCUGCUGCCAAUGUGGUCCGCAGACCUGACAAGAGGAGAGGCCAGGCUGGAGCUGGAGACGGAGAACAAGACGGAGAAGAUGAUGAACAGCGGGAUGUUGUCACAAUAGAAGAUCUUCCGGACCAGCUACCGUCUCUGACGCCGGCACCUCCGAAGAAGUCUCGCUUCAAAGCCAGCCGGGUCACUUUCGAGGCUGAAGAUGCAGACGAGAGGUUGGACAGACAUGACACUCACAUCAGUGCUGUUCUCUCCAGGAUUGUUGAGAAAGAUACAACUUCUACUCCAAUAUCUCUACCAGCACUUACAGGCGUGGCUUUCCCUAAAGUGAUGCACCGCUCCGAAACCAACAGUCAGGUGCAAAUGUCUUCAGUUGGUGGAAAGAAGAGUAUCUUUGCACUCCACAUAGCAGCUCAGAGGAUUAAGGAGGGUAAGACACCGUUACACUGUGGCCCUGAAGCUGCUCAGACACCUGGACACAGAGAGCAGAGCCUGCCUCCUGAGACCAGUAUGGAUACAGAUCAGAGUGAAGCUACAAAUCAUCGGCCAAAUCCAAUCUCAGGUCUCAGGCUGGUGUCGGGUCAGGGUCUUCAGGGCCUAGAAGGCUCAGCAGAGACCAUGAGGAUCCACAGGGAGAACCAAGCUAAGCUCCAGGCCAUGUCUCAGGAUGAGAUACUACAGGAGCAGAGGAAACUCUUAUCCCAGCUUGAUCCGAGACUGGUGGAGUUUGUUAGAUCUCACAAAGCCCAGAGUCUCCCAUCCUCUGCCUCCCCAUCCAAACAGCCCCAGGGCAAACGCAGUGAGGGAAACUUUCCUCUCGACAAUGUGAGCAGAGAGUCAGACUCCUCACGUGCUGCUGUGUUGUCUCAGAAUCCCCAAGAAGUAGAGAUGGAAAGAGAGGAGGAAGAGGAGGAGGACAUGCCACCACCACCACCACUGCUGGUUGUGACGGGUAUGAUGGAGAAGGAUCUGCCUGUGAAGCCUCGGAAGGAAUGGCUUCACAUGAAUAAACUGGAGCCAGAGAAGCUGGAGUGGAUGAGAGACUUGCCUGCACCAAGAAAGAAAGGAACCAAGAAGGCCAUGCAGGCUCGCUUUGACUUUGCAGGGACUCUGAUUCCACCCUCUGAGGAUCUGCCCACACAUUUAGGCCUGCACCACCAUGGAGAGGAGCCUGAGCGGGCAGGUUACUCCCUGCAGGAACUCUUCCUGCUGUCUCGCAGUCAGCUCAACCAGCAGAGGAGUCUCGCCCUCGGCACUCUGGCCCACAUCCUCUCAAAGGCACGUGCAGGGGGAUACGUGUCGGUUCUGACAGGCAGCAUGAUGUCCACCCUGCUCGACGCCGGUCUGAUCUUCCUGCUCCGCUUUGCGCUGGACGAUGGAGUGGAGGGUGUGAUGUCUGCAGCCGUGCAUGCACUAAAAGCUCUGCUUGUGUGUGCAGAAGAUGAAGAGUGUUUGGACUGCACCUUCUCCUGGUUCUCCGGCCUGGCAUCCUUCCCUAUGCUGCCUUCUGCUCAGGAGGAGGAAGAUGAAGAGGACGAAGGCCUGCCCGAAACUAUGAAGGAGACAGCCAAGGAGAAGGAAGAGAGGAAGAGUGAUCACGAUGUGGCCAGGCAGGAUGUUGUCAAGGGCCUGUUGAAAAUGAAACUGCUCCCCAGGCUGCGUUACAUCCUUGAAGUGGUCAGACCUUCUCCCCGAGUGGUCCAGGACGUCUUGGACAUCCUGACUCGUAUCGCUCGUCAUUCUUCCUCAUCAGCUGCUCAGGUGCUUGACUGUCCUCGCUUGAUGGAAACGGUGAUGUCAGAGUUUCUUUCGACCUCCUGGACUGCUCCAUCCUCUCCUCUUCCUCCGUCUGUUUACGGACUGCCACUGGCCUCCGCCAUGAAGCUGAUAAGAGUUUUAGCUACCUCGGGGAGACACGCCUGUGCCCGACUCUUAAACUCUCUCGGAGUGAGGGAGCGUCUGUCUUGUCUGCUGAGCGCUGAGCCCAGCGAGCUGCUGCUGGAACCUGCCGAGGCCCUCAGGAUCACCACCGAGGCCUUCAGGCUGUGGGCUGUGGCAUCCGCCUACGGUCAGGCCGGUAAAUUAUACAUAGACCUUUAUCCAAGCUUAGCGAAGGCUUUGCAGUCAGUCCACAAGGUACUGGACGCCUCACAUCCUCUGUGGCCCCUGCAGCUUCAGCGGGUCCUGGCUCUUCUUUCUCUGCUCACACAGGUCACACGCACUGCAGGCUGCCAUCAGGAGCUACAGGCCGGCCUGGUCAGCUCUCAGGGACAAGAGUGCCCUCCUCCUCCUCCAGUGUCCUGGGGUCAUGUCACAGGGUUGCAGGCGUCUCUGGUGGGACAUUUGAAGGCCUUUGUGAAGAACCUUGAUGAUCUGGUUCAGAAAGAGAGCAGCCUAGCUGUGAUACCAGCUUACCUGACCUACCUACAAGCCUACUACCAUCAGCUAUCCAGACAGAGCUGUUUUAAGCCGGUAGAGACGCUUCAGGAACUGGAGCUGCUGACGUCGGAGGUUCUCCUCCCUCUGCUGUCUCAUCAUGUUGUUCAAGGCCUCAUAAAGAACCUUAAGUCUUCCUCAGUCGUGUGUAAUGUCCAGUCUUGCCAUCCGGGCCCAGAGACAACUCUCAGCCUCCCUGGUUUAUCCUGCCCUGGAUGGAGGGACCGCCCUGGGAUGGUUGUUCCCAGCUCCCCCUUCCCUCUUCUCACAGGCCUGGGUCUCCUCCUGGAGACCAUCACAGGCAUCCACAAAGGUCUCAGCUGCAAGUUCAAAGGUCUGCUCCUGUCAGAGUCUGUGAUUGGUUACCUGAGGAGUUGCAGUCAGGCCACACCCACUUUGUCUCACACCAGAGCCUGGAUGCUCCGCCAUGAGCACCACCUCCUCUACCUCCUGCUCCAGCUCGCACACAGACUGGUUCCCGUUGAGCCAGAAGUAGCAAAGCACGCCUCAUUGUACCACCAGGUGGCGCUGGUUCUGCUGCCAUGGUUAUUACCAGGCAGUGAAUUCCUUGCUCAUGAACUGUUGUCCACCAUCAUCUUCAGCAGAGACUUUUUAUCAGAGGGCCACAGUGGAGGGCCUGAGGCCAUUGAACUCGGAGAGCUGAGGCUCCAAGAGGAAACGCAUCACCACACCUCUCCCUCCCUGCAGACUGUGGGGGCUCUCCUGAGAGAAGCGUGCGUGCAGCUGCCUUCCAUACGAGGCUGCUUCCUCACUCACCUGGCCCACCUGGAGCCGUCCGUGCUGACGUCCCGGGACACUCUGCUUGGACGCAACCCUUGGAUCAGGUCCCUCUUCCUCCCGGAGCUUACAGGUCCCACCAUGCCAUCCGAUUGGCAUUACCUGCCGCUCAUCAGCCUGUAUGAACGAGCAGGGGCGUCUGACGGUGGAGGGUUAGCGGUUGAGGAGCUUCCACACGGGGCUCUGCAGGCGGUGAGUCACUGUCUGCAGUGGCUACUGCUGCUGGAGGUCUGGAGGGAGGAAGCACUAAAGGUGAUCCCUCCAGUAGCCAAGCUGGCCCGUCUGUCCUGUGUGUUUCUGUGCUCCAGCGACAUGUUCCUGGAGAGACCUGUUCAGAAAAUGACCUGGGGUCUGUUUAGACUUUUAACAAGGAAAUCCAGGCUGGACUCUUUGGACCUGAACAUCCCUCCUCCAGGUCUAGCCUCCUUCCAGGACUUGUACAUUUCUGUUUUGACCCAGUACGAGGCUGUGUCCUUUGGAGACAGACUCUUCGGCUGCUGGGUCCUCUUACCCCUGCAGAGGAAGUACAGCACCACCAUGAGGCUGGCUGUGUUUGGAGAACAUGUGGGCAUUCUGAGGUCACUGGGAGUCACUCUGGAACAGCUCUCCAUCCCCAUCGAGCGGUUCACGUCUCCUCCAGAAGACUCCCUCCCUCUCCUCCAUCUCUACUUCCGCUCCCUGGUGACGGGGUCGCUGAAGCCCCGCUGGUGUCCCGUCUUAUAUGUGGUGGCUUUAUCUCACGUCAACUCCUUCAUCUUCUCUCAGGAUGCUGCAGCACAGAAGGUGGAAGCAGCUCGACACAGUAUGCUGAGGAAAAUCUACUACCUGGCUGAUGAGGUGUUGAAGAACCACUUGCUGCUCUUCCGUCUGCCGCAGCGGCACUCAGAGCUCGGCUUUGAUACGUACGAUCAGUUGCCCCCCAUAAGGGCAAAACGAUUGGAGAGCGUGCUGCGACUGCAAGACCACAAAGGAGACUGAAGGUAGCAGGUUCUGGGAAUAAAAAAAGAACAAAACUGUUGAGCCAAAACUGAAGACACAGGGGAGGGCAGUAUGGGACUGAGACCAAAACGAAGUAGAAGUAGACACUAAAGCAUGAACAGCUGUUGCUGGGAAAUAAAGGUGACAAAGUAAUUUUGACUCUUUAAAGGUUUCUGAUUUAGAUAAAAAAAAAAGAGCCAACAUGGUCACAAAGGAUUUUUUUGUUACUUCUUUUCUUAAGGCAGACAAAACACUUAGUGGAGUAACGUUUGGUAACAGUUUGAGCAUUUAUGUAAACCAGCUUUGAAAUCAAAGACUGUAUCUAAUAGAUCAUCAGUGGAGAUUAUGUGAGAUGUGGUUUUCUGAUUCUACUCAAUCCUCUUUGAACUAAAACACAACUCAACCCAAAGUUUAAAUACGGAACAAAUGCUACAAUUUAAGUGCAGAUGCAGGGAGGCGGAGAUCCCAGAACAUUUCCUCUUAGCAAACUCAAUGAAACCUUUUUUUUCCCCCCUGAAACAUUGACCACCAGCGCUUUGUCUGAGUUCUGGUGCUUUUGGUGAGCUUGAAAGGCAGACCAGAACGACUCCUAGCCUCUCAGAGUAAAGACAAAUGUACUUCUUUGUAAGUGCCUGAAAUUGUCUUUUCUUUUGUAAAUAAAACAUGACUUCAGGUAUGUCGUAAAA